UCAAUUUGCUGGGCUUGACUGGGCAAAACCCAUUGCUGGGACCCAAUGAGGAGCGCUUUGGCCCUCGCUUCCCUGCCCUCUCUGACGCGUACGACAGGACGAUCCGCGCCUUGGCCCAGGAGACAGCCAGGGAUCUGGGAUACACCUCCUUUGUCCGAGAGGGAGUGUACUGCAUGGUCGCUGGCCCCAACUUCGAAUCUGUUGCAGAAGCCCGGCUGCUGCACUUGCUGGGGGCAGAUGCUGUGGUGCCCCUCCCUGGAUGAAAAGAUGGCUUUCAGGAAUCCGAAUAUCCUGCCCAAGAACGUCAUCAGCACUUUGAAACAAGUUGAUUAUAGCCAAUGGCAAAGAGAAAAUGUGGCUCAGAAACAAACGUCCAAACCGUCCUUGCCACCCGUUGCGUUACCGGAGUUGGAGAAGGAAGAAACGAAGAAGUCUGCACUGAACUCAAACGUCAGGAGACCAGCGGGGGAAAAGAGUUCCAGCUUCGGUUCGAAAAUGACAGUGUCCGUGAGAGAGAAGCCCACAUGGCAACAAACCAUGAAAAAGGAAGUGAAGAUGGCAAAGAGCCUGGAGAACAUCAAAAUUCUGCAGCGGCUUUCCAAGAGCAGGACAAUCAGCCUGGAAGAAUUAAAGCACCACUCCAGCGUUCUCUUGGAGAAGAACAAGGGGCUCGUGCAGCAGAUCAAGGACAUGGAUGCUGACACCGCCAAGGGCGCCAGGGACCUCCUCCAGCAGUAUGAGAUGUUUGGGACGAUCAUCACAACUCUUCGGGACUCAAGUCAGAACCAAGUGGGUAUCGCCAAAGCAAAACUCCAGGCAACGGAGGAAAUGGUGGAGAAGAAUAUUGGAAAACUGGAUCUGGAGAUGAAGCGCAUGCACACCAAAGUGCACGCUGUCCAGGAGGAGCUGAACGUCCUCCGGACCUACAUGGACAAGGAGUACCCGGUGAAGGCGGUCCAGAUUGCCUCCCUGCUGCGCAGCAUCCGUAACUUGGGCGAGGAGCAACAGGACGAAUUGGAAGAAAUCGAGGAUCUGGCCAAACGGUUCUUGGAAUCGUUCGCGGGGAAGGUGUGGGAAGAGCAAGAGCACAUUUUGCAGGACCUUGCUGAGGCAAAGCUGAUGCAGUACCAGGAUGGCCUUGAACAGAUGAACAGGAACAACGUGGAGCUGAGAAGACAAAUACAGACCCAAAAGAAGAUAAUUGAUGAAUCGGUGAAAGAAAUCAAGGAGUUGCACAGGAGCAUUAUCAAGCUUCACCACUCCAUGAGGGACCCGCGGGAAGUGAUAUUUGCAGACGUCCUCCUCCGACAGCCCAAGUGCACCCCAGAUACGGAGAUCGUUCUCAACAUCCCCACGGAUGAGGAUUUCCCCCUAUAGUUGCCGGAAAUCUGAUUGGGAUGGAGCCCCUUGGGCGUGCAAGCGCAUCCUUGCACACCACAGCCGACCAGUUUCCCUCCUGCUUUGCGGAGCCAUCCCAGAAAUCAACAGCCUGCCGGGUGCUGAAUUCCAACCUCCGGGCUGGAGUUUUAAAACCUUCUGACUAAGGCCUUUUGAAGGGCCUUCUCUCUAACCUCCCCCUCCCCU